GGUGCCUCCCGGUGCCAUUGGCAGCCCCCGUGAGAGGGUAUUUAAUUGCCAUCAGACCAACGUUGUAGUUGCAGCCUUGGCCUAUUGGACCUAUAUAGUUAUAGAGGCUGCGGGUGGCGUCGAUACGCAAAAGCCCGAGCUUCCCUUGAGAUAACUCGUAAUCUGAUGCCCUUGACUCGCUCAUCUCCAGUACGGAACGAGGCAAAUGGACCCUUCAUCUUGCGGCCACAUAACCGCAUAAGGAACAUCCUGAAGAUUCCCCAUUGAUAAGUUGCUUGGUGAACCCGUGCCCGUUCUUCUGCUCUUGUCGUCUUUCCAUCGAUGGCGCAGACCAUGGGUUGGUCGGAAGAUCGAUUUGUGUCACCUCCUCCGGCAUUCCUAGUUUGCGGGGCCUGCAUAGAAAUCCUUCGCGACCCUGUAUUCAUCUGCUCUGAGUUCCACCUCGUCUGUCGUGGAUGCUUCCAUGCUUCAUACCACUGUCCAAUUUGCCGUCGAGUUGUUCACCACAAUGAUCGUCCUCAAAUGGACAUCAAUCUUUCAAGACUUAUCGACUCGCUUAUUAUUCGAUGUUCUAGCUGGAAAGAAGGAUGCAACUGGACCGGCAGCAUCCGUGUCGAGAGCAGUCAUCCUCCUAACUGUGGCUUUCGGGGAAUAAAGUGCCAAAACCAGAGAUGCAGGAAGUUUCCCCCAGUACGCGAUUUGGACCCACACAUGAGAGAUCGUCCGCACACGGCAUGCACCAAUGCACCUUUCCGUGAGGCGUUGCAUAAUUCGGGGAAGACGUUCAAGCACGGCUUAGUCCAUCACCCCUGCAAUCUGUUCAAAUGUGGUGUUGUUGACAUCGCCGCACAGGAACAACACUAUGGAAAAAUUCAUUCCGAACUUGAUUUUCUCCGUACCCGAGUGGCCAAGCUCGAGUCUAUACUUCAUAUGAACGUCGGUGGCAGGGAAGCCAUAAACACCGAUUUCGGAGGGUCUGGAGGUCUGGUUACGCGCGAAGGGUCAACCUCCCACGCUAAAAGGUGGGACCUAAAUCACCGCGAACCUUUCACUCAAACGACGAAUGCGGAGGACGAAAGUACGGCGGUCAAACCCAACCACCUGAGUGAGGGACCUCGCAAGCGUGCACGAGUUCAAAGCCUCUACGAUACAGUGGCGUCACUCACGUCGAAUGUUUCCAUCCUGCCAUCUACGCUUGCCACGAUGGACGAUGAUGAAGAAACAGCUUUGAUUGUAUCGAAGCUGGAUGAUGAUGAUUCCCUCGAGCCCCCUGACGGACAGGGAAAUAAGAAUGAGGGAUCGGUUCCGAAUACGUCGGGUGAGACGAAGCCUGGUGGAGUCACCAGCGGUAUGCCCGCUGACCUUACCUCUCAUGAUAACGCUUCUCGCGACCAAUUAGCAAACGCCAAUGGGUCUUCUCCAAUUGGAUCAUAUUGCCUUUGACUUAUAACUAGAAUGGCCGACCCAGCGAUGGUUUUAUUCCAAGACCAAUUUUUCUGGCACGUCGUCACGGUGUUUGCGAUUGAUAUUCUAUCUAGAUAUACCAUUAAUGGCGUCCCACUAUCUCAAGUGGGUCUGUCUCACCUAUCGAUGAACUUUCGAAAUUUGCUGUUUUUGUGCCACUCCAUUGUUCUUCUUGCUCCGAUACAUUUGGUCGUGAACGCUUUUGUCUGUUUAUUUUCGUUUGUAAUCCUCGUUAAAGAACAAUACGACUUCGCUCGGCCCCAAAACUUGGUAGAGCGAUUGUACCCACUCCUCGACGAUUGGAGUGAAAUAUCCGGACUUGCCCCUCCAUGGCGGGCGGACUACAAAGCGAAAAUCCAACAUCGCUAACUCCUCAGCAGUUAAUU